UGGCGAAACAUUAAACCAGAGACGGCACAAUAUAGCUAGAGAACAGAGAAGCACUGAAUCAGAUUAAGAACCAAAAAUAAAGGGGAUGAGAGGAAUUGGGGGGCCUUUGCUUACCAUAGGGGAUCUGCUUAGCGACGUAGGUGAAGAAUCCAGUGAAGCUCCAGACCACCAUAAAAAACCUGAUGCUAGUCUUCCAUCACCGUCGAUUCUUGAUCCCGUUGACGCCUCAUCUCAAUCCCUGGACCUAAUCAAACUGUUCCAGGAAAACUUCGAGAAAUUGAAUGAGGCACUCGCUGGUUCAGAUCAUUCAUGGACUGCUCUAACUUUAGAGCUAUGCACUGCUCUGGAAACUGCAAACAAAUUAGUUCAGUCCACAGACACAAAUGUUAGAUCACUGUCGGAGAAGGUGAGGGAACUCGAGAAGAUUGUAAAGAGGGGAGAUACUGCAAUUACAGCAGCCAGAGCCAUCUCCAUCUCCCUAAACCAAAAAGGAGGAUCAUCUGUUGCUAGUGAAAACCACAAAGAAUACGGUUCACCUCAAUAACACAUGAAGUCAUAUAGACUUUGUUUUUACUUCUUGGGAUGCAUUAUUAUAUGUUGGACAAGCUCCCAAAAUUAUCCUGUAGGAAGAAAAUCCAAUCUUUUAUACAACUUUUAUGGAUGAAUAUGUAUGCACUGUUCAUUUGCUCUAUAUGUUCUUUUGUUUUGAUAA